CCGCUCAGGGGGAAGGAGAGAUCUCAGGCUGAUAGCGGCUAAUCCUUUUGAGCGACCUCUAGUUGCGUGUUUUCUUUCAGCUAAAGGGUUGAACCCUUUCCUGCGAGCUGCUUAGGCCCUAAGACAUCAGCUGGAACAGGUGAGCCGGGUGCGGUGCAGCCGCCUGUCCGUCGGCCCCCCGCUGACCUAGGGCGCCGAAACCUCCUUCGCCAUCAUCAUCGCCAUCAGUGCCCUCAUCAUGCUGCUUGCUCCCUGAUGUGAUGGCCGCAGGCCAAAUACCUGGACCAGUGACCAGCGAUCGAUGACCCCGCAGGCAGCACUGCGCGUAUAGACCCUUUUAGAUCUAUGGUAUGCAAAAGUUACAAGUUCCGCACAAGCACUUGUGCGGGGGUGUCCGUAAAAGCCAUGGGGGAGGGGCCGUGGACGGUAAAGUGUUUUUAGUGCGGUUACGCGGUGGACCAUCGUCGUCCUCCCUCGUCCGUCCACCGUCCCGGUAUGUAGAGCACUGCAGAGCGGCGGCGGAGGGAGCCAGGGAGUCGGGCCGUCGGAAUGUCAGAACGGAGGCAGUCAUCCCCGACAGGGCUGCGGUACAGAGCACUGCCCCUGUCAGCCCAGACGUAUGUGAGCACCCGGGGGUCCCCAGCUGCUCCAGGCGACAUGGGGUGUCAGGACACAGCGUCCCGGAUGCGGUCAUGUGGGAACUGCCAUGGGAGUGGAAGUGGAAGAGGGGGGAGUUGUGGGGCGGGUGCGGGGGCGGACGGUUGGUGGUUGCAUCCGCGGGCUUUGCUGCUGCAUAUCCGGAUUGGACUGGACCGAAGCUAGCUAACGCUCGGGGGUUUUGGGGUGGGACGGCUUGCUAUUAAGGUUGCGGACAGGAUGGGCGAGGGAGCUGCUUGCCUGCUACUGCCACUGCUGCUACUGCUUCCCAGGUCCAUAGUAUGGAGUUCAGAGCACUUAGGUGGCAUUGCAUGAAGGGCUGCAUGGUACUCCACUAUGGAGCUGGGUAUUAUGCGGUGAUCUUGUAUUCAGAGACUUAUCAGAAGUAAAGAGGAGUAGCGUAGUUGAUUGCUUGGCUGAUGUGUGCCGGUUCUGCCAGCGAAAAAACAGCUGUUUCCCGGCAGAGUGACUGUAACGGCAGGGAGCCCCAAGGAGUGGAUGCUCUUAGGAGGAACGAUAUGUGUCCAGGUCGCUACGGGGACCCGGCAAACCCGGCAUGUGCACAAGACCGUGGGAACGGAGAAGGGUGCCAUGGCUAAAGUUAUAUCCGUGGGCUUCAGCCCCGGAGAGGCUAAGGCUUGAUGGGCGAGGUUUUUUCGUUCCUUGAAACGGGUUGAAACAGGCGCCCAGCUUGCCACACGCGCGCCCGUAUUCAUGGGAUGUGCCAUUUAUUGGACAUACUGUUAACGGGGUCUGGGUUUUAAAGGCCAUUACCGCGGGGCUUGAUCUGGCCAUGACAACGUUAGAACCGGACGGUUUCUUUCUGAAGACCCAUGGACCGUCAACUGGCGUAGAACCUCAAGUCAAUGGCUUUCGAAUGGCAUGACAAAGAAUAUAGGUAUUAAGUCGUGAGUAAUAUGAAAGGUCUGGAGCAGGGCAGCGUGUAAGCCAGGAUGCUAAGCGCCUUGUCUUGUCUGAGGAGCAGCUCAGAAGCAGGAUGAAAGCAGCUGGAAGUUAAACUAUUAAUAUACAGCAAUGAAAUGUACCGGGGGGUCAUGCAACACCAAAGAUGGGCCCUUGGGGUUCAGAAUACAGAAACUCGUCGUCGGCGCCAACACUCUUGAGAUGAGAGCUCAACGUUUUUUCCAAAUUACUAUCUAUUUGCAAUUGCGUUCUUAUAAAGCUGUGCAGGUUACGAGUGGUCUACAGCUGCAGGCUUCCGUACGGCAAACUUGUUUUGUGUUUGAGAGUAGCAAUGAACUGCGUUGUAUAGCAAUUUCACACAGUGAGACGAAGCGUGCUAACGAGCUGCUGCUUCAGGCCUAACACGUGAAAGAGAGGAAGUCCUCAGUCUAGGUCGCCGAAGGGAAGGAGCAGACCUGUAGGCCCGCAGGGCCAGCGCGGCGCCCAUCUUGGACGCCUGCUGUAGCCAAGAUGAAUCCUGAGUACGAUUACCUGUUCAAGCUUCUGCUCAUCGGCGACUCCGGCGUGGGCAAGUCCUGCCUGCUUCUGCGGUUCGCGGAUGACACCUACACCGAGAGCUAUAUCAGUACCAUCGGUGUGGACUUUAAAAUCCGCACUGUGGAGCUGGAUGGAAAAGUGAUCAAGCUGCAAAUUUGGGAUACGGCUGGGCAGGAGCGCUUCCGGACUAUUACCAGCAGCUACUACCGUGGCGCGCAUGGCAUCAUCGUUGUGUACGACGUAACUGACCAGGAGAGCUUCAACAACGUGAAGCAGUGGCUGGCAGAGAUUGAUAGGUACGCGAGCGAGAAUGUCAACAAGUUGCUCGUGGGCAACAAGAGCGACCUCACAGGAAAAAAGGUCGUCGACUACCAGGCAGCCAAGGCCUUUGCCGACGAGAUCGGCAUCCCGUUCCUCGAAACUUCCGCCAAGAACGCAACGAACGUAGAGCAGGCUUUCAUGACAAUGGCGGCGGAGAUCAAGAACAGGAUGGCCAGCCAGCCCGUUCCACCCAAGCCCGGCGGCCCCGUCGUUCGGCCCACGGAGGGCAAGCCAAUUAACAAUAAGUCGUCCUCUUGCUGCUGAGGAUCGGUUUGGGGCUUUGCCGUGAGGCGGUGAGCGGAGAAGUGUGUGAUGGGAGUGGUGUCUGGACCUAGGGAUCUGGGCGGGGGCGGUAAGGGGUGACUCGGUAAGCGAAGAUGGUUGACUGGACAUAAUCUGACAGCACAUUAGAUGCAGAAAGACGUUAUGAGGUUUACGUUAGCGGGAACAGGCAGAUUUAAACCUGCAUGCAUGGUAAGACUCUGUAACUCCGCUGUGACUCGUCGGCGGUCCGCCAAGUACAUUUGGAAGGGUUGGUUGCCCUGUGUAUACUAUCGCGGCGCUGGCGUUCGUUUACCGUAGCUUUGGAGUCGACGGCCAGAUCCCCAAUGAGUACGAGGCUUUCUCGUGAGGGCGGAAUAUUCUUCUGUUGUGGCGCGUAGUAUGUCGCCCCUAUUGGUUAGCGUUGGUUUCGGAGUGUAGUUCCUGUCCUCCGUGUCAGGCCUAAUUACCUCUUGUCCCGGUCUGUUAAAAGGUGAAAAGGUU